CAAGAUAUCGUUGCCUUAUCCUAUCCUCCUCGGUCCUCUCUCCCUUUCUUGUUCCUCUUCUUGCACCGAAGAGAGAGAAAGAGGAGCACAAGAGAGACAGGGAGAAGAAAAUGGCAGCAACGCUGUCCUCCGCCCUCUCUCUCGUCUCCCCUUGCUCCUCCACCUUCUCCGCCUCCCCCCUCCGCGUCGCUCCCCAAACCCUAAUGUUCCCCUUCCAACCCCUCGUCAUCUUCCCCUCCCGCCGCGCCGCCUUCGUCCCACCCAUCUCCGCCGCCGCCAUCUCCCCCAAGAUUGAGGAACUCGGCUCCCAGAUCGAGAAGCUUACCCUCGAGGAGGCCCGCGGCCUCGUCGACUUCCUCCAGGAGCGCCUCGGCGUCUCCGCCGCUGCCUUCGCCCCCGCGGCCGUAGCCGUCGCCUCCCCCGGCGCCCCCGCCGACGCCGCUGCUGGUGGAGCCGCAGCCGUGGAGGAGAAGACCGAGUUCGACGUGGUGAUCGAAGACGUUCCCAGCAACGCCCGGAUUGCUACGAUUAAAGUGAUUCGGGGACUGACGAACCUGGCGCUCAAGGAGGCCAAAGAUUUGAUCGAGGGGCUGCCGAAGAAGUUCAGGGAGGCUGUGACGAAGGAGGAUGCCGAGGAGGCCAAGAAGCAGCUCGAGGAGGUCGGAGCGAAGGUCUCCAUCGUUUGAGUUUACUCUGGAUUGGUUGAGGAAUGCAGAGAGAAUGACAAGAAUCCACUGUUCAGGAAGAAUUGAGGACGGUGGAGGUCCUGGAAGAUUGGAACAUUUUUCUUUUGAUAUAUUUUGUUGUUUUUAUUUUUUUCUGAUAUGGUUAUGUGAUUUUCUUCUGUCAGUUCUUCCACUUGACAGUUGCUACUAAAUUUUUUUGAAAAUUCCCAUCCUUUCCAUGGGCUAAUACCAUUGGUGGUUUACUGGAGUGCCUUGUAUGGUGAUAUAUAAGGAGGAUAGAUCAAGAAAUAUGUUGGUACUAA